CCCAUUCAUUCACUAAAAUGAUCCGAUUUACUGAAAAGAACCGAUUCACGUGGGUAAUUUAGUUGACUAAACUGACAUGUUACAUUCUUUGAGAAAUUAGUCUUAGUUCGUAUAGUCUUACAGUUAUAGACAAUUCAACAGUGUCACGGGUGCUUACUGGAAAUGGCUACCUGGGCUCCAGAUACAUUCGCUUGUCCAGUAUGUUUGGAAACGCUGCAAGAUCCUGCAACCAUUCCCUGUGGUCACACCUACUGUCUCCUCUGUAUCCAGAAGCAUUGGGAUCAGACAGCAGCUAAGGGCUUUUUUGAAUGUCCUCAGUGUCGACAGAAGUUUAACCCAAGACCCGUUCUUGCCAGAAGCAACAUACUUAUGGAGGCAAUGGAGAAACUGAGAUUGGGUGGGCAUAGCACCCCCGACUCUUCUUUACAUCAAUCGACUGAUUUGGCUUCUGUAGCUCCUGCUUCCCGAGCUGGCCUGUAUCCUGUUCUGCCCUCCGACUCACCACGACUGUGUCCUCUGCAUCAACAGGUGUUGGAUCUGUACUGCUGCGAUGAUAAAGAAGAUAUUUGUGAGGAUUGUAGCCUUCUUGGACACAAAGGUCAUCAGGUGGUCCGUGCUGAUGAAGACAGAAAAAUGAUUCCGCAAGAGUUGAUGGAGAUGAACGCUCAGGUACAGAAGAGCAUUGCUGACAGAGAGAGAAUCAUUCAGAGUCUUCCUCAAGUUUCUCAGGCCCACAAGAGCUCAAUGCAGAAGUUGAUGAUGGACAGUCAGGUGUUCUUCACCGAUGUCUUGAAGAGCAUUGAGCUCAGUCGCUCUCAGGUACUUGAGCUUCUUCAGGCUCACGAGAAUUCGUCUUGUGGCCGCAUUGAGGCCCAAACUUACAGACUACAGCAAGAGAUCGGCCAUCUACGGAAGAAACAAGAAGAGCUGCAGAAACUAGAUGCCAUUCAGGAUCCUGCUAGUUUCUUGAACCCGUCAUUCAUGGCUGUGGAUCCUGUCAUGGUGGAGAUGUGUAGUCCACAGUUGGUGAUAUCAGGGGUUAGUUCAGCUUUAGAGGCUUACAGACAAGGACUUGAUGAUCUCACCAAAUCCACUCUGGCCAGUAUCUUUAAAGUUGUGAACGAUGCAGGUGCUAUGGCACCAGUAACAAAUGAUGGAGGCGUCAUCACCAGCAACUCACAUCUGCCCUCACAAAACACAGAAAUAAAGGCAGACUCUACAAAACCUAAAGUCAAACCUUCUUCUUCUCAACCUUCACAAGAACAUCACAAGAACCAGAGCUGUGCCUCUGCAAAUCCAGUGGAUGGAUCAGCUGUCUGUUGUCUGUUUAAACCAGCACCUAAAGCCAGAGAAGAGAUGCUGAAAUUCCGCAUUGAGCCUACAUUUGAUCAAAACAGUGCCUACCGUCACAUUCGUUUGUCUAAUGCAAAUCGCAAGGCAACCCUCUGCGCAGAGAACCAGAAUUAUCCGGAGACCCCCGAGCGCUUCACGUACUGGAGACAGGUCAUGUGUGUGGAGACCCUGGCUGGAAGCCCUUACUAUUGGGAGAUGGAGUGGACAGGACAGAGGGUGACUGUUGGUGUGGCGUACCGAGACAUGGAGCGUUCUGCAGCCAAUGACAGUGCCAGACUGGGCCACAAUACGAAGUCCUGGAGUCUGUACUGGUCUGGAAAAGCUUUCUCAUUGUGGCAUGCUGGGAAGGAAACUGCACUGGAAGGUCCAAAAGCCCGACGCAUUGGGAUUUACCUGGACCAGCAGGAAGGUGUACUGGCUUUCUACAGAGUGUCCCAUAAACAAGCCCAGGAGAUAUGUUGUGUUCAUACACAUUUCGAUGGACCUCUUCUUCCCAGUUUUCGCUUCUGGUCUGGAGUCGGCUCCUCCGUCACCAUCUGUGAGCUGGAAUAAUGAUAUCUAAAUGAAGAUCUCUGGAGAACAUCUGCAUGUGUCUGAUGAAAUGAUGGGGAAUAUAAAUAUAGAGAGAUAUAAAGAAGUGUCAUUUUAUGUUGAAGUGUAUACAUAGCUAUCUGUCCAUUUCUGUCUGCCACAAUACUUAACUUCUAUAUGAAACUUAAAUAAAAUGCAAGUAUAAAGCACA